AUGGGCAAGCAGCGAUCAAAUAGGGGAUGUUUGACAUGUCGGAAAAGGCACGUAAAAUGCGACGAGGUCAGACCUAAAUGCGGGCAGUGUCAGAAACGUGACCGAGUUUGCCUACAAGAAGAAGCACCUGGACUUGAGUUCAGGACGUAUCAGUUUGAUGACUCUGGUAGCUUCUUACGCAUUUCAACCGCUGAGAGCAUCGAUGAAUCAUCCAACCAGCAGAAUAUAUCACUACCCCAGCAAUUCCUUGUUGCUAAUGCGCAAGAUGAACCACCACAGGAUCCUGACUACACGUCCUACCGUAGUGGACAGGGCCCGAAUACGUCCCCGCUAGUCUCGAGUAUGACACCGUUUACAGCUGGGCCCUAUAGAACCCCUUCAGCCGAUGUCCCUUUAAUCGGUUCGCCUUUGGAAACGCCGUCCCGGCAAUACGGAGCGUGUGGGUACUCAAUAUCUCAGCUACUGCAACAUGUGUCGCCUAGCGUUCAGACAAUACCAUCUCCCUCUGAAACCUCGCCCUUGAGACUGACAUAUCGCGAGGCUGAGCUCGUACAUCAUUUUAGUCAGCAUCUUGGACGGUGGCUGGACUGUACAGACGCAUCGAGGCAGUUCACGUUAAAGAUCCCCAGACUGGUCAAAACUUACCCUAUUUUACUCUACGCAGUUGUUUCGUAUGCGGCCACACAUGUCAAAGAUGCUGAAACGGCUGAGUCCGCUCAUGAAAAGUGCGUGGAAUUGCUUAUUCCGCUGCUCAGUUCGGAGCAUAUCGCGUAUGACGAUGUGCUUCUCUGUACGAUUGUUGUUCUGCGUGUUUUUGAACAGCUCAACGUAAUGGUUACUGGUAGUGAUCAUGAACGGCAUCUGGCGGGCUGUACAGCUUUGCUGAAAGCUUCACAGGGCCGAGAAAUUGACUUAUCAGCACCAACACUCCGACAGGCGGCUUUUUGGGUCUACGCACGGCAGUGCCUCUACAAUGCGUGCGUGAAUCAGCAACCGCCAAACAUUGACACAGGUCUGGUUCUGCUACCGAAGCCUGCAUUUGGCAGUCCCGACCACGAACUCAGGUCUGAGACUGCAUGGGCCAACCAUGUGACCUGGAUAUGUGCCACAAUCAUACAUUUCUGCUUCAGCAAUUCAUUUCCAGAACCGGGUGCCAGGCUGGAAAAAUGGAAUGAACUCUCACAGGCUCUCGCGGACUGGAUGGAAGGCAAACCAUCAAGUUUCGAACCCAUUUGGUACAGCGAUAGCGGAUCUAGCGAUGACCAUCCUUUCCCCAUAAUAUUGUUCACGGCCGACUGGCAUGUAAUGGCCUAUGGAUUCUACCACCUUGCGUCAAUGCUUCUGUUGAUUUACAAACCUUUUCCACGAUUUGCAAUUAGGAAAGUGCAACGAGAGCUCAAAGACGCAGAUGCGCAAGUAAUGAUGCAUGUUAGAGCCAUAUGCGGCGCUUGCAAAUGCUCGCAAGCGACAGUUCCUUCGUUGAUUACGCUAUGUCAUAGCACCUUCAUCUGGGCUCCGUUGAUGACAGACACCGCCGAGCGACAAGAAGUCCUACAAAUGUUGCUGGACAUGGAAAAGAAGCAUGCGUGGCCGACAACCUGGAUCAUAAAUUCCUUGAAAGAGGAAUGGGCCAGCUCUUGA